AUGACUGCUGAGUUUAAUAUCACCAAAACAUAUCUUAAGUUCUUAGAUGAUGAUAAUGAGAUGACUAUGCCCAUUGCGGCCAUUGAGGCACUUGUGACAAUGCUUAAAGUGAAAAAUCCGAGCACUUCUGCAGAGAUGAUUAAUGCUGUAAAGUCGUCGACUUUAGAGCUGACGACAUCGAUUCCGAACUCCAUAUCGCUGCAGGCGGGAUGUGACAUAUUCAUGCGGUUUGUGCUGCGGAACACACACUUAUAUGGAGACUGGGAGAGUUGCAAGCAGCACCUGGUUGAGAAUGGACAGCUCUUCGUGUCCCGGGCCAAGCGGUCCAGAGACAAGAUAGCAAAGAUUGGAGUGGACUUCAUUACAGACGACGACAUUAUCCUGGUACAUGGGUUUUCGCGGGCGGUGUUCUCGCUGCUGAGCUACACGGCUGAGAAGCUGAUUCGCUUCCGGUGUGUCGUGACCGAGGCACGGCCCUCCGGGCAGGGCAAGCAGCUGUAUGACCUGCUGCACGCAAAGGGCAUCCCGGUGACGAUGAUCGUGGACAGCGCGGUGGGGUCCAUCAUACACAAAAUCGACAAGGUGCUGGUUGGCGCGGAGGGCGUGGCCGAGUCCGGCGGCAUCAUAAAUCUCGUGGGGACGUACACGGUAGGGGUCCUCGCCAAGAACGCACGCAAGCCAUUCUACGUGGUAAGCGAAUCGCACAAGUUUGUAAGGAUGUUCCCGCUUUCCCCCGACGACUUGCCCAUGGAGCGUGACCCGCUGGACUUCUCGCGCAGCGACGAGUCAGAGCAGCUGCUAAGCCCGUCCAUCGACUACACCUCGCACGAGCACAUUACCGCGCUGAUCACAGACCUGGGCGUGCUGACGCCCAGCGCGGUUUCCGAAGAGCUGAUCAAAAUGUGGUACGACUAA